CAAAUACUUUUUCUUCUUUUUUCUUGCUGUAGAUGUGGGAGUCCAAGUCCAGCGAGAUACGUGCCGAACAGACUGACAGAGCAAAGCCUUCGUCAAGGUAUCACAGUACGAUACCCUAGUAAAUACAAAGAUCGCAGUAACAUCGCAGGAAUGAAGGCGUACUUGGUCAAACAGGACGAACAAGGCCACCUGUUAACAGAAUACGAUUCUCUUGGUAUUGGGAAGCACGAGACCCUAAUUACAGGUAUAUACGAUAUCCGAGUUCCCCCAGACCGUGACCAGGGAAUGAGGGCGUUCGAGUUUAACCCCGGUGACUGUGAUGAUGUCACGGUUCGUCUGACGCUGAAGGAUAUGAACCCCGUUCAAGGUCAUCAGAAAUACACAGCCCAUAUUAAAGUCGACGGAGAGUGGACAAAAACAUCAGCCUCGUAUCAGAGUGGUACCAUUGCUUUCAACGCUUCCAAAAUAGACACGUUCUGUGUUUCGUGUACGCCAUUUAGUGAGGAGUUUGAGGUGACGCCAUCUGGUGGAUGUUUCAAAUCGAAGCACAACCCAGCCGUGGAGAUACAAUUUCCCGAGAACUCGGUGAACAAGACCGAGAAAAUAGACGUCCAAAUUCUGCCAGUUGACCUGUCGAGGGUAAAUGACGGACAUGAACCAACUGAUGACGCCAGGAACAUUUUGGCGAUAAGUGUCUGUGUUGAAGUACUACACAGCAAAGAUUUUACUCUGCUGGCACCGGCCAGAGUAAGUCUGCCCCUCAACGUCGACAGCGGAACGCGGACCGACAAGUACCACUUCGUGGACCUGCACUGGAAAGAUGACGGGGAAAUCAACAUCGAGCCGACGGGACGACGACACCGCGAUAUCAAAACAACAUCAACUGGCUAUAACGUCACGUUUGUAGUCUAUAAAUUCACCGGUCGACAACUUGCAUUAGUACACAAGAAAGCCACGCCAAAAUACAUCAAGACAGCUGCUAGGGCAGCAGUAGGAGUGAAAACCAACUGUAAGAUUCUGGUGUUUACUUCUGCCAGUAACACUAGAACGAGGACAAUGCGGUUCGAUUGUGUGCAGUUGAGGAGAAUAAAGAAAGCAGUAGAGGCCUGUGAAGAGCUUGGUCUUGCCGAGUUACGGCAAUGUAGGUCCACUGAAUUUAUGAUCGGUGAAGGGGAGAGAAUCCGAGUGGACAUUAGUGGGUGUGGACGAGUCCAAAAGGAGGUAUCGAAGGAGCACACGUUUAUCCCGUUCAUCGGUUCGAUGUCGGAUAACUAUAUUUCUAUACCUAUUGACAUUGUCGAAGCUUUUGGUAGGUCGGUCUACGUAAUUCUGAACUUCACACUGAUUUCGAGCGCCAAAAUUGUAGUGCAUGGUGCUCAUUUUGAUCCCCUAACGGCAGUUAGAAGACCAAGGCGUAAACGAUCGAGGUCGCCCAACUGCCAGGCAGGAUCAAAUGGCAAUACUGAACGAACCGAUCGACGUUACUCUGCCCAGGAAUGUCCUCAAAUCGCAGUUCGGGAGCCAACAAUGGUGCAGACGAUGAGCUCUGGAAUUUAUAAUACCGCCAUAGCAGGAUAUCCACAAGCAGCACAUCAAGUUACGUCAAGGGCGACAACUCCAACCUCCUCAAGGGCGACAUCUCCAGGAACCCAGGCGAUGUCAAUUUCGGGAAUUAGUCGGCAGAGCAGCUUAGAAGUUCUUAUCAAUUCCCUUGAUGAUGCACACAACAUUGGAAGAGCAACCCCAAAGUUUGGUAAUGCUGCUUUCGGAGACAAGUCACUACUGAAAAUUGCAAGGAAAGUGUCACCAAAUAAGACUAUGGAGCUAGCGAUUCAUCUAGAUUUGGAUCACUCCGAUGUGGAUCAUAUUCUUUUUAAAUACCGGGAUAACAUCGUGCUGGCGAAUUUUAAAAUUCUUAUGGGAUGGCUUGGCGCGGAGAACGGAUCAGCAGAGAAAUCCCUUAAAACACUGUGUGAUGCGUUGGGAGAAAUAGGCCACAACGACCUUAAGGUUGCUUUUCAACUCGCCUAUGAAGAAAGUAGAUCUAUGUAAGAAACGGGACAGUUCCGUCGCGAAUUUCUACUGAAACUUGAAACUCAAAUAGCAUUCGAUUAUUUCUUGGAUACAUAUCUAUGAAGGUAUAUCUGUCCUCAGUAUUAUGCUUGUACCUGUUUAUCUUGGGUUGUUCUUUAUAAUGGGAGGCAUUUGUAGAUACAUGAAAGGCCAGUUAUUUUGAGCUUUGUACAUAAAAUAUGAUUUGGGGUAAAUAA